AUGACAGAACUAACCUUAAGAAAUAAAUCAGCUGAGAUUUUGAGCAGACCAAACAAUUCAGAAUUAGAGAUGGAUGCCAUAGCAACUUUUUCAGCGCCUCAAAUCAAUCCUAAUCUUUAUGGCCCACCACUAAUGCAAGCUUGCCAAAAUUAUCUUAAUGCUUAUCAACAAUGAACAUAUCUUUAUUUUCUUAGAGAAGAUAGCAAUAGAAGUAAUUUAAUUAUUUAUAACACUGAAACUGAAACCCAAGAAAUCAAAACCUUGCAGAAUUGACAACCACAAAACUUUUCCACUUGCAUAACUCAACAAGCUAUUCUGUUUAGCUAA